UCAUAGAACAUUAUAACAAAAUUAAAAGACCACUAUAUAACUAACAAAUGGUCAUCCUGAAUACAUAACAAGCUCGAAAAAUAGUGAAUAACCUAGUAGAAAAUGGGCUGAGGACAUCAAUGCCAGAGAAGAAAUGCAAAUGCCACCUUACGGUAUGUUAAAUUCAUAAUUAUAGAUUAUGUUCUACUUCUCUCUGCACUUUGUUGUCCUGUCUUUUGAUGUAGUCAUCUACUCUUCUGUCCUAGUUGUAUCUUUAAUAAUAUGGUUCUAAAUCGAGUAGGCAUAUACCCUUGUAUUUUUUUUCAAAGUUUUCUUCACAGUCCAUGCCCUUUUAUUCUUCCAAAUAAUCUUUUCUUUUUUUUCAAUUUCUUUAACCUUCUUGGGAUUUAAAUUGAAAUGACAGUAAACCUAAAACUUGUUUGGGGAAGAACUGACAGCAUUAUAAUGUGUAGUCUUCCUACUCAGGAACAUAGUAUUUCUCUUCAUGUGUUGAGACUGAGCUUAAAACAACUCUUUUCUUUCCCCCACAAUUUGAUUUAUUUAGACCAAGAAAAGCAUACACAUUGAUUGUCUCUUUGUCUGACAGCUUUGUAAUAUCCUUUUUUACUCCACGCUGUGAUUUUGUUUUUCCUUUUUUACUGAAGUUUAGUUGUUUAAAACAACUCUUUCAUCAUGUUACUCCCCUGCUCCAAAAUCCUUCCUGGCAGUCUUUCACCAUCUGUUUCUCAAAUUCUUUACCAGCUUCCUCUGCACAGACUCUCCUUCUCAGCCUGACUGGUUUUCUGCCUUCAGGUCAAACCUCUUGGCCAGUUCCCACAUCACUACUUAUGUCUCCAGUUCCUCCUAAACCCUCUCCGCUUUCUCUGUCUCCAGUUAUACCGGCUCAAGGCCCAUGUCCUUGACAGCACUCUCUCCCACGGGAGAAAUUCCUCCCCUGGAUCCAUAGCUUAUAUGGCAUUUUCCACCCAGCAGUUAUUUUACUUUGUGGCAUUUGUUCUGUUAUUUUGUUAGCCCCUUGCAGGCAACAAUUCUGUCUCCUAUUUCUUUAGAUCCUCUGCUGUGCUGUUCCCUACAGUAGCCAGUCCCUACACAUGGCUGUGGAGCUCUUAAAAAUGUGGUUUAUUCAGUUAAGACACAACUGUGUCUUUCAGGUUGCAGAAAAGAUGGAAAAAAGGACAUGUGCACUUUGCCCCAAAGACAUCGAGUACAGUGUCCUAUACUUUGCACAAUCAGAGAAUAUAGCUGCUCACGAAAAUUGUUUGCUAUACUCUUCAGCACUUGUGGAAUGUGAGGAUACUGAUCCAUGUAAUAAAGACAGAAAUUUUGAUGUGGAAUCAGUAAAGAAAGAAAUCCAUAGAGGAAGGAAGUUGAAAUGUGCAUUUUGUAAAAAAGGAGGAGCCACCGUGGGAUGUGAUUUAAAAGCCUGUAACAAGAGUUACCACUUUUUCUGUGCCAAGAAUGACGACGCAGUUCUACAAACUGAUAAAUCUCAAGGAAUUUUUAAAGUGUUUUGCAAACAACAUGCUUCACUGAACAACGCUCAUAAUGACCUACUCCCAGGAAAUUCUCUGGCUGGAAUCUUCCAUCCUCACUAUAAUCAGAGGGCCAAACGAGGACGUGGAGUGAAAAGAAAAAGAGGAAGGAAGAAACGUCUCUCAACAGACAUUCAUGUACAGCUACCUGAAACGUUGAUAUUAGACAGAUUCAUAAAACAAAUGAAGGACGAGGAUGGCAGACACACAGAUGCAACUGUGAAGAUUGACUUUCUUAAGAAAUGUAAGGAAGUGGGGCUUCUUAAUGAUUUAUUUGAAGAAAUACUAGACAAACUUCACUUGAUUCAGGAAAGACUCCUGGGUGACACUGCUUCUGAUUCAGACUAUGAAGAAAUCGGGACUUCACUUUUUGACUGUAAAUUGUUUGAAGACACAUUUGUCAAUUUUCAAGCAGCAAUACAGAAAAAAAUCCAUCAAUUUGAAGAAAGGCAGCAGCAACUGAAGGAAGAGAUUGAGGUACUUCAGGACUUAAACAAAACCAUGUACUUUCUUCAAGAAGAUAGAGACGUGAAGUCAAGUUCUACUUCAGUAUCUUCUGUGUCUUCUAAGGAUUACCAUUCCCUAAACCAGGAAUGAGGCUCAGUUGCAAGUAGGUGCAAACUGAAGGCCUGACCUGUGGAAGCCACACAUCUUUAGAACUAGGCCUCUCUUGUCUCUCUUCAGUCCUCAUCAACUCUUACCUGUCCUUGCUGAUCAAGAUUUCAUUUGAUCCUGCCUCUUAUCAUCUCACUUCUGCUCUCCAGUAAAAUGUUUGAGAUUCUGCUUGAGUAAAGUGGAUCAUACCUCCCAUCUCCCUCCCUCUGCACUGAAAAUCCUCUGGCAGCUUCGUGCUGGUGUAUCCUCACCCCCCUCAACCCCCUCCUCCGUUCCCCCACUCUGGUGAUCAACGUUGAUUCUAGUAACACACAAGGUGCUCCUGGAAUAUAGGCUCCCCAGGGCUUUUGCUCAUCUUGCUGUGAAGCCUUAACUGCUUUUACCUUUCUCUGCCUGUUUCUCCUGCAGAUCUCAUUAUACCAUUAUACCAUUCCAUUGGAGUACUUUUCCUUCCCUUCACUUCCCAGUGUAACCCACUGUAUCUUCUAUCACUCCAUUAUUGUACUCUGAGGGCAAAAACUCACUAUUCCUGUGUGUUAUUCCCAAUACAUUCCCAGCACCUAGCAUGCUCAAUAAAUGUUGAAUAAAUGCAUAAACUGUUCUUAUCCUUUCAGACUAGUUCCAGCUUAUAAUGACAGAUAUAAUAAAUUUGAAUAUUUUUACUCCA